AUGGAUCGAGUACCAAGUGGAAGGCGCAAGGGUUCUCUCAACCCAAGAGUUGUUGUGCUUGAUUCAUCAGAUUCUGACUCUGAAGGUUUCGUAGAAGAGCUUACUCCAGUUCACUCCAGGUCAAAUGGGAAGGCUUCAUCUGAGAGCCUAAAAACUGAUGGAAAGCCUUCAUCCUUUUCUAAAGGAGAGGCAAGCAAAGGAAAGGCAUAUAGUGGUGACAAAGGUGGAAAGGGUUCUGCAUCCAAUACAAUGCCUACUAAAUCCGAUGCAGAAUUGAAGUUGGAGCUUGAUAUCCCACCAAAUUGUAGAAUGCUAAUGAACUGUGAAGGAGCUGAACUCUUGCAAGAUCAAAAUUCCUGA